AUGGUGGUCUCUUUAUCACUGACGCUGUUCACAAUAAUCGGCGUGUUUAUGCAAUGGCUGCUGAAGUUUUUGUAUCAGUCGCCCAAAGCCGCAGAACCAACAGAAAAUGAGGGGCCGGAUGUGACACUCAUGGCGCCAUAUCCAUGUAAUGCUAUCAAGGGCAGCCGUAAAUUCCGCAUCACCAUGGGAUUGCGGAAGCUGGACAUGCAGAAUUGGCUGACCGUGGAUAAAAAUUACAUGAAAGAGCACGACAUUCGGCAUUCGCUCCUUCGAGACGAGAGGAAGAGCGUUUAUGAGUGUCUACCUGAGUCGCGAGAUGCUUGUGAUGAAGUCCUGGAGCUUGUUUCCGACUUCCUAUGUGAACGAUACCCCAGCAUGUUUCAAAUGAAAAGAGAUGGAUUGAAGACUGAGAUCCACAACUCCAAGACUGGCGAGACUUUUGUGUUUGGCGGCCAAGAGAGUGGAAUGGAGUCCCUUGAGAUUGCAGUGAGGAUGGCUAUGGAAGAUCUGAAUGUCCUGAUGCAGAACGCUGAUGGAGAAUACUAUCUCGCUGCAAGUGCAACAUUAUUUCCAGUCGGAUGGGCGGUCAAACAACGUAUUGGAUGGACUAUUGCUCAGAUACACGGGCCCGUGCCGCAAUGGAAAGAGAAAAUCGGUCAAUCGGUCAACAAAUUCUUCUGCCGACUAACGCCAGAAUCGCCAAUGGAGCGGUCCAAUUACUUCAUGGAAACCAAAAAUUUGAAUGAAGGUCUAGGAAAUACUCUUUUUCGUCCCGAUGGAUUGACAGAGCAAGAACCUGGCCCUUUCAUGGACAACAUUCUCCUCCGCCGUGAACGACAGACCUUCCGCCGAUUGCCUCGCACAGGGGCGCUUGUCUUCAGUGUCAAAACGACCCUGAACACGCUUGAUGAAUUGCCACCGGACCAGCUGGGGGCGCUGGCCACUGAGAUCCAAAGCUGGCCUGAGGACAUGGCCAGGUACAAAGGGCGCGAUAUCUGGGGGCAAGCGGUGUUGGAUUACUGUGUGCAGCAGGGGAUCACAAGCUAA